UCAAACCUGGGACCCUUCAGUCCGAAGGCCGAAAAUCUAUCCACUGAGCCACACUGGCCAGAGCUACUGUGUUUUAUUUUUAAAAUAUAUGUCUGCUUUAACCAGUUUGACUCUGGCGAGAGCGUUGGCCUGUAGACUGGAGGGUCCCAGGUUAGAUUUCUGUCAAGGGCAUAUACCUUAGUUGCGGGCACAUCCCCGAUGGGGGGUGUGCAGGAGGCAGCUGAGCGAUGUUUCUAACUCUAUUUCUCUCCCUUUCUCUCUGUAAAAAACAAAACAAAAAAACCCAACAUAUUAAAAUAUACUUCUAUUGGUUUCAGAUGGGCCCAGGUCUGUGUUGUGGACACACGGCUAAGGAGGUAGCCAAGGGCGGGGUAUGGGGUCUGGGGUGUGGGGUGGGCCCAGGAGGGAGAACCUGGGGAAGGUUGGGGAGACAGAGGAGGGGCCGGGCAGGCCUGGGACCAAAAGCAGAUGGAAGAGGAACCCCAGGAGGCUGGGACAGGACCUCACUCUGCUGCCUCCGUGAUCAGUCCCGUCGUCAUUCCUGCCCCACAAUCCCUCUCCUCUCAGCCUCCCAUUGGCUGGCAUGGUUCCGUGGGGGGAUUCCACAUGGCAGCCUGGGCUGACCUCACACUGGUGGCUCCAAGGCAAAAAGAACCCAGGUGCUGGGCAGGAGGCCGUGCUUCAGGGCAGAUGCUGGGCUCCAGCGGAACCGCUCCCUUCGCCCACAGGGUAACAGGCCAGCGGCACUGGCGUGAUGGACGUGCCCCUGAGUUCCUUCUCCUUCCUGGUUUUGUUUCUGUUGGGAUGGCCGUUGUGUGAAUGCUUGCCUUAUCCAGGCAGUAGGAGGCAUGACCCCACGGAGCCCGAGAAGGACGCCUCCGCGCAUUCGCUGGCCGCCGGCCCCUCCGCCCCGGAGGCAGCGUCGAGUCCAGGGAGACGCGCCUUCGUGUUCGUGGUCACCAUCGCGUGUACGGCCUUGAGCCUGGCCUUGGUCUGCGGGGUCGCUGUUUCCUACGUGAUCUACAGCCUGGGCCGGGACGAGGAGCGGGAGCAGCUGGCGGCGCUGUAUGACGACAUCAAGAUGCCGCUGUCCGAGGACGAGGAGGAGGCCGUGGGGGCCGGGCGCCUGGGCGGGGCUGGCCACCUGCUCUUCGGGAGCCAGAAGGAGCUGGCCUCCUUCAUCAAUUCAGCCAUUCGAUCCAAACGAAGACAGCGCCUUGACGGAGGAGAAUCGGAGAGCGAGCCGACGCAGUAAAGGAAGCUCCACGCGGAACUCUGGGACGCCAGC